AUGGAUGCGAAGAAUGUAGACAUUGACAAUCAUGCUUCUUGGCCUGAGGCUAUUGAAUCACAUUAUAUUGGUCUUUUGUAUGAAGAGGCUAAAAAAGGAUUACAAACAACAGCCUUGGACACAAAAGGAUGGCUAAAAAUAGAAAAUGACAUAUUUAAUUCUUUUGGAAAGAGAUAUAAAACGCCUCAAUUGAAAUCCAAAUUCAAUCGGUUGAGAAAGACACAUCGAGAAUUUUCUCAUCUUUUGGAACAAAUUGGUAUGGGAUGGGAUCCUCAAACAAAUACUGUUACAGCAAGUGAUGAAGUAUGGGACACUUAUCUAAAGAAAUAUCCAAAUGCCAAGAGAUUUCGAAAAAAAAGAUUGCAACAUUAUGAGAUGCUUGGAGAAAUAUUCAAUAAUACAACAGCCACUGGUGGAGCACAUGUUGAUAUUGAUCUUGAAUUUGAUGGUGAUAAUUAUGGAGAGGAAGAAGAAGUUACUGGUGUACGUCGUCGAGCUACUUCUGCUCCACCAGAUGCACCAAAACCAAAAGAGAAAAAGAACAAAGGGGCUAAUUCUGCCUUCGACCAAGUGAUGGGAGAACUUGCAAAAAGUAUUUCUGCUAAGACUGAGACAUCAUUAACACGGAGUGAGACUAUGCGUAAGUAUUAUGAAUCGAGAGAAAAAAGAAUUAGCGAGGAAACCAGCAAUGUCACUAAUUCUUACAAUGUGGAAGAUUGUCAAAGCAUUCUUGAUGGUAUUCCAGAUCUGGAUAACAAAAUAUACCUCAAAGCGUUGCAUGAGUUUGUAGCAACCCCAGAAUGGCGCGGAAUAUUCAUGAGAAUGAAUGAGGAGCGUCGACGUGCUUAUCUUGAUUCAUUGUUGGAGUGA